AUGUUAUGCGAGAGGAGCGGAGGGGGCGAAGACGACGACGACGACGACGGCGGCGGCGGCGAGGGAAAAGAGAGCGGAAUGGUGUUCAGAGACAAGCCGCCAGCGCUGGCGUUGCGGUUAGGGAGAGCGGGCUUUGACCGGGACCGCGGGAGACAAGCUCGGUCUCUUGGCUCCGUCACUGCUCGUCCCUCUCCUCCACCUCCUCCGUCCCUCUCCUCCCCCUCUGGUCCGGUGCAGCCGCCGUCGCAUCAGCCGGCCUCCGAACAAACAUUGCAUGACAUCUGGCCAGGCUUCCACUGCUUGGCUCAACGUUCGCUCUCAUUAGCCACCCGCAACACCCCUGCCAUCUCGUGA